UAUUAUUCUGGCUUGAUCUGUAAUGAUCAUAUUAUAGAAUUACCAUAAGAAAAAACGUAGUAUUAAAUAUGUGAUUCUGCUCUGUUUUUUUAUUCUUUGGAUUCUCUGCUUCUGACGGUUACGUGAUCGAGUGUACUUUUUUCAAUUUUGAUUAUCUGAUGGUUUUGAUGACCUGGGUUUCUCAAAAAGAAGGAUUCUUUUUUUAUAUCCCCUGUUUUCUGAACGGUGGAUGUUGAUUUUGCUUUCCUGGUUGAUAUUUGAUCAGGUCAAUGAUCAAUCUGACCUUUUUGUUUAGUGAGUUUACGUGAACAGGAGUGUCUCCUUCUUAUGUGGGAAUUCUUUGCUUUUCUGGGUUUUCUUUUGAGUGUGGAAUAUGCUUUUCAUGGAGGACUUAGUAUUCUUCUCUUCAAAGUUUUCUUCCUUCGGUGUUUUUUCUCCUUAAAUUUCGUGGUUUAGACUUUUGUGCUUUUGAUCAUUUCUACAAGCUCUUCUGCCACUGUUUUUGCGGUUUUCUUGUCUCUGUGCUUGGCCAUUUUGGCUCGCCGGUCACAAUUUGGAUCAUCCAACCUGGUCUAUAUUUUGUUGGCUUUGGCCAAUCAUUGAAUGAUCGGGCUUUUCGCUUUGAUCAUCUGAGCCUCUCCUAUUGGAUAACGUUGCUCACGUGGUUUAAAAGAUACACCUUUGGUUUGAGAUUUGAAGUUUGCUGAUCAAUCCAUUAUUUAAGAAAUUUAGAUCUUCUCGUUUGCCAAGUUUGGGCACUGCAAAACUUGGGCAGUGCCCAUGGAUGCCACAGCAAGCGGAACCCCAACUAUACAAUACCAUAACAUACCUGAUCAACCAAUUACUGCUAUUGUUGCUGCUUCUGUACCCACAUUUCAGCGACAAGUACGUCAUUGCUUUGGGGACUCCACUCCUGGAGAAUUCCCUUUGGCUGCUAAUCCUUCCAUUGUUCUUCAUGUCCUUACUGCCUGUAAUUUGGAUCCUCAAGAUCUUGCAAAACUAGAGGCAACAUGCUCCUUCUUUAGGCAGCCAGCAAACUUUGCCCCAGAUUAUGAAUUAUCCAUAUCGGAGCUUGCUGCUCUUGACAUGUGCCAAAAAAGAGCUAUAUUUAAGCCAAUGACUGACGAAGAACGUCAAAGUUUGAAGCAAAGAUGUGGGGGAUCGUGGAAAUUGGUCCUGAGGUUUCUGCUGGCUGGGGAAGCAUGUUGCAGGAGGGAGAAAUCACAGGCAAUUGCAGGGCCUGGUCACAGCAUUGCUGUGACAUCAACAGGAGUAGUUUACUCAUUUGGCUCUAAUAGCUCAGGACAGUUAGGUCAUGGCACUACUGAAGAAGAAUGGCGGCCUCGGCAAAUAAGAUCUCUGCAAGGCAUUCGAAUCAUCCAAGCAGCUGCUGGGGCUGGCAGGACAAUGCUGAUUAGUGAUGCUGGGAGAGUUUAUGCCUUUGGAAAGGAUUCCUUUGGCGAAGCAGAAUAUGGGGUUCAAGGAACUAAGCUAGUUACAACUCCGCAGCCUGUUGAGUCUUUGAAAGACAUAUUUGUGGUGCAAGCUGCAAUUGGAAACUUUUUCACUGCUGUGUUAUCCAGAGAGGGCAGAGUUUACACAUUCUCUUGGGGCAAAGAUAGCAAGCUUGGUCACCAAACUGAGCCAAAUGAUGUGGAGCCCCAGCCCCUAUUGGGGGCACUAGAGAACAUACCAGUAGUGCAAAUUGCAGCUGGAUACUGCUACCUCCUUUGCCUAGCUUGUCAACCGAGUGGCAUGUCAGUGUACUCUGUUGGUUGUGGCUUGGGUGGGAAGCUCGGGCAUGGCUCAAGAACUGAUGAAAAGCACCCUCGAUUAAUUGAACAAUUUCAGCUUUUGAACCUUCAGCCAAUGGUGGUUGCUGCUGGUGCUUGGCAUGCUGCUGUUGUAGGUCGAGAUGGUCGGGUUUGCACAUGGGGUUGGGGACGUUAUGGGUGUUUAGGUCAUGGAAAUGAAGAGUGUGAAUCAGUUCCUAAGGUGGUGGAAGCAUUGGGCAAGGUCAAAGCAGUUCAUGUUGCUACAGGGGACUACACAACUUUUGUGGUAUCUGAUGAUGGUGAUGUAUACUCUUUUGGUUGUGGGGAAUCCGCUAGCCUAGGACAUAAUACUGUUGCUGAAGGACAGGGGAAUAGGCAUGCUAAUGUGUUGAGCCCAGAACUGGUGACGUCAUUGAAGCAAGUGAAUGAACGGGUGGUACAGAUCAGCCUUACAAACUCAAUAUACUGGAAUGCCCAUACAUUUGCACUCACUGAAUCAGGGAAGCUUUAUGCAUUUGGUGCAGGAGACAAAGGUCAGCUAGGCAUAGAGCUAGUUAACAAUCAGACAGAAAGGGGAAACCCUGAGCGGGUUGAUAUUGAUCUCAAUUAGGAAUUCAGUGGUUUCCCCCUCAUCUCUUACACCAUGUCAUCCAUUAGCUUAUCAAACCACACAUUGCAUUUGGUGUUUAGAUUUCCAUGUUUAUUUUGUAAAUAGAAACAAACCAAAGAAUUGUGAAGAUUUAAGUUAGGUAGCAAGGGCCCAAGCAAAUGGUUCAAGAUCAGUUUCCUAAGAAAAUGGUUAGCACAUAGGGCUUAAGUUGUUAAUAGUUGAAACUUCUGUUAAGGUUCAUUGAUUACUUGUGUUAAAAUUGCAUUCUUAAAUUCACUGAUACUCAACUGGUUCAGUGGAUGGCCCAAGGGACAUUGGAUCAGUCUCAGACCCACAGUGAGGGGACACCAACUUCCACAGGGCUAAUGAAGUGUUAUACCACCUCCCUUUUCUUCCCGGAGGGUCUGGUCUGUGGCAAAAUCAUGGAAAGGGUUUCUCUUUUA